UGGCAUCAACUGAAAUGAGCCGUCAGCGUCAUCAUCAUUGUUGAUAAGAUAGAAACUCUGGUCACGGCAUGGUUUACUUAAAGAGUGUCAGAAAGUUCACAACACACCUUGGACUUCUGGAAAUAAACAACAUUCCGUAAACAAAUUAUAGAUUCUGAUUGCACAUUAGGCUUCAGAAUAGUUAGUAACAGCUACUGAUUAAAAAAAUAUCUGCACUUUUAUCAUAAUUGAGUAAAAACAUGAAUCUUUGCGCACAUGCGGGUCGGGAAGGUCUGUUAAUGGCAGUUUGAUCAGAAAUACACUUUGUUCGUUCCGCACCACUAACGCUGAAACAGGCAGACCCCUUACUCACACAUUAUAAAACACAGCAAUGUCUUGCACCGAGUCAUUUAUACAUUGUACGAUGAAGGCCAAUAUCUUCUACGUGAUCUCUAUUUUGAGUUUCACCCUUAAGGCUGCAGCCCAGCGAGACAGGCACUUGCCACCCGUAGGUGCCACCAUUGACCAACUCAUCGCGAGUUCCAUGGGAGGAAUAGAAGGUUAUGUAAAUAUCAGCAAUAAAAUUGUGACUCCUGGCUCCAAAGUGCUAGCAGAAUUAGACAUGUACCUUACCAGAGAACAAUAUGAAAUCCUAUAUUCACCACAAAGAGAAAGACCGAAGAGGAAGGCCGUGAGAUCCGGAGUUCUACGGUGGCCAAAUGGCGAAGUACCCUAUGUAUUCAAACGAUGGGCAUAUAGUAAUACAGACAGAUACAUGAUAAGAGUAGCGAUGAGAGAAUGGGAGAAAUAUUCGUGCCUUAGAUUUAAAAAGAGACAAAACGAAUAUAACUACGUUGUCUUCCAAGACGAUUUCGGGUGUAACUCUCAAUUAGGUAUGGUCGGCGGUGGGCAACCAUUAAAUUUAGACAGGAAUGGAUGCAGAUAUAAAGGACUAUACCUCCAUGAAAUCGGUCACGCUGUUGGUUUGGUUCAUGAACACCAGCGACCAAUUAGAGACCAAUUUAUUCAAAUCAACUACAACAAUGUACAGCCUAGUCUACGACAGUGGUUCAAUAAAUACCCCAAUCGCCAAAUAAAUAACUUCAAUAUUUCUUACGAGUUCUCUUCUGUCAUGCAUUAUGGAACUACGGCAUUUUCUUAUGAUGGACGAUCAAAAACAAUAGAAGCACAACCCCAGUACAAAGCUCAGGAACCAGAAAUAGGGCGUGUAUAUUCUAAAGAACUUUCCUUCACAGAUAUUGCAACUGUAAACAACAUGUAUUACUGUAACAGACACUGUAGUAGGAAUAUACGAUGUGGAAAUGGUGGAUUUGUAGAUCAGAACUGUCGGUGCUCGUGCCCUGAUGGAACAUCUGACUGUGAAAUUGGAAAAGAACCACAGUUUCAGUUUUGUAGGAAUAAGGAUAAAGACUGGUCAUGUAAUGUUUGGGCGAAACAGGGCGAAUGUGAAAGGAAUCCCAGAUAUAUGAAACCAAACUGUGCGCGUGCGUGUGGAAUCUGUAGUGAUGCCCUCGCGGCAGACAAAGUUGUCGGGGAUCGGUGUGUGGAUGCAUACCCUGAGGGCACUUGUAAAGGUUGGAAAGCAAUAGGAGAUUGUGUAUCAAAUGAAAGAUGGAUGGCACAGAACUGUAAGAAGACGUGUGGCGUUUGUGACAAUGAUAUAGACCCACCAGGGACUGGGUGUUCAAACAGACAACCAGAUAGGAAAUGUAACGAUUGGGCAGUGAAAGGUGAGUGUGGAGCAAAUCCGCAAUGGAUGGAAAAGAACUGUCGAAAGUCAUGUCGUCUGUGUCCUGAAGAUAGAACCACCACACAAAGUCCACCACCAACAACUACAUCUCAGAUCAUUCCAACAGCUACAACACUUCCACCUUUUACCACAGGUACCCUUCCACCUACCACAACGACUUUCCUCCCAAAAGCCACUACAACUAAACCCCCACUUAACACCACAACUGUACUCCCAUCUACCCCAACAUUUCUCCCACAAACCACCACAGGCGUGCUCCUUCCUAACACCACAAGCAUUACAAGUACGCUUCCACCUACCACCACAACCACCAGAACCACUGUUACCAUGACCACCAGAAGAAAACCAGUUACUACCACCAGACCUCCUAUUACAACUAGGCAUCAAACAACUACUUUAUCUCCAAGGACCACAACAGAAAGAGCAGUUCUGCCAUCUGCUCCAGUAGUCUCAGUGAGACUAGUUACAUCGGAAUCUGUAGACUUCAAGGUCACGUUUCCUCAGGACGGAUCAACACCAACACAUCUUAAAGUGAAGCCAUUCCAAAGAGACCUAAAACAGAGAAGUUACCCUAUAGAAUUUACCAAUGGUAAGCCUCGGAGCAUAGUUGUAGAGUACUUCAAUCUAAAGCCUAAAACGACGUACACCUUUCGAUUUUUUACCAUCAGCAGAGCAGGAACUGGACAAUCAGUAGAUAAAACAAUAAUAACAAAGACGACAGACAGAGCAGGUACCUGUAAGAACGACUAUUCCAAUGCCAAGUGUCAGACUUUUGAGACGAAGUGGAAAUUCUGUAGACUUCACAGGACUUGGAUGGAGAAGCAUUGUAAGCAGACCUGUGGUUUGUGUCCCGUAAAGAGGGAUGACCCAGUCAGGACAGGUGAUCCUAACUGCAGGAACACCAAUAAGUAUUGCCUGACCUGGUCCCGCCACGGACACUGUGUAAGAAAUCCCUCUUACAUGCUCAACUACUGCAAGGCAGCGUGCAGGGUCUGUACUCCAGCAGCGUAGAGACACGCAGAAUGUUUUGGAGGAUUAAUAUCUUAUUAACAGAAUAUCUAAUGAUAAAUAAUUAAGGUUUUUUGGGCGAACACCCCACUAUCUUCAGUAAUACAAAGUAUUCUAUGUGCAGUAAGUUAGUUUGAAUAUGAGUUUAGACCCCCCCCCCUCUCAUUCUCUUGGAGAAUUUAAUACUGAUCCCUUUAUGACCUUAGAAAAGGCAUCUGAAAGCCCACCUUCAAAGUUAUGUUUCUUCCUUCCUUGUUUGACUAGAGAGUAUUUGGGUUUUAAUUGUGUUUUUCGAAAAUGGACAUCUACCAAACCCAACUCCCACACAGGAAUAUUCCUUGAUCAGCUCUCCUUGUGUUAUAUCAUGUCAAAUUCGUAAUGUUUUAUAUGUUGAAGUAAAACUUAUACACUGUAUGCUACAUGUAAACUUGUAUGAUUGUCAGAAGCCCAACGAAAAAUCUCUAUGAUUUGAAUGUGUAAAGACGUACUUCAUAGAAUAAAUGAGAUUGUUAACUCAUCACACAUUCUGCAUUUUUAUAAUAAUACUUGAUAUUUUAGGGUUGUAUGCAAAAUUGUGCCACUUGUUUUUGUAUGCAAGGUCUUUUUUCUUGUGAGAAUGAGAUGAAUAUGAAUUUUCUUGAGGUACAAGGUAUCUACAAUCAUGUGUUUUCGUAUCUAUUCUUUAUUUGUCAUAUUUAACUUAUUUUUCGUAAUAACAUGUUUUAUAUCCUAUAAAAUAUAUCGAUAUUCUUUCAUGCUUUUAUAAAUGUAUGUUCUUGAUGUGUUUAUUUUUUAAUUGUAAAAUGACCUAUUAUGUUUUCAGUUUAUAAAUUGAUGAAUUCUAUAAAAAGCUUCAUCCUUGAAAUAAAAUUUAAAUUGUUUGGUUUUCAUAGUUUUUCCUGACAUUCAACACCUACUCCU